AUGGACAGAUUGAGUCAAAGUGAAUUUGCCAUAUCACCGAGAAGUGAAGAUGAAAUUUCACAUCUGGAUCAUAACAUUCUACACGGGCAUCAAUUGAUGGAACUAUUCGAAGAACCGCAUCAGUCAUGGUUCUCGGUGAUUCAGCGAUUCGGGACCAGUCUGUACAGAGUGUCCGAUGUGAUUCAAUUCCAUUCGACCCGAUUGACUAACUAUCACGAUGAGGUGAUGCUCAGUCGUACCAAAGCUCGAUUCCGUCUGGUGCUCAAAUACAUCUUCUAUCUGACUCUGGUCUUUUUCUACGAGGCUGCCGUACGCGAUCCGAAUACUCACUUGAUCACUCUCACCCGCGUGAUCGCAAUGUACGGGCCCAUUCUAUUGGCUUAUUUGAUCACAAUGAAAAAUCCCACUCAUCAGACGUAUGUGCGUUGUUCUUUCCUACUCUGUCUCAGUUUGGCCGUGGUCACCUUCUGGUUUCGUGGAGUGAUCACUCGUCAAGAUCACGGUCUGUACUCGGCCGGGAUUGUGCUAAUUAUUGGCAUGUUUGCUUUGCUUCCACUUCGAGUGGCCUUGUGUGUUUGUAUCUCGGCCAUGUUCGUGAUUACCGCGGCCGGUUUGGAAGUGUUUCAUGCAUCGAAACGGUUUGAAAAUCCAGUCCCAAAUGCUACACUGAAUUGGGUUCAUUACGAUCUGUUCCGGAGACUGCGUAUCAGCAACCGGACAUACACCUUGACCAGGACACAUCAGGUGGUCUAUACACAAAUCAUGUCCUGGAUUCCGGUCGGGGUGAUUGGUUUGUAUUUACGAUUUUGGAAUAUGAUUCGUUGUCGGAUGGCUUUUCUCAAACUGGGCAAAAGUGUUCAGGCCAGGCGUGAAUGUGAUACAGCUUUGCAAGGUCAGGUUCGUUGGAUUGAAGCAAUUAUGCCUUCUGUGAUCCGGGAGGAGUAUCAAGCAUUGAGACAGAAAAAUUUGCACCAAAAUACCGGAAUGUGGAUUUUCAACAAAACAUUUGACAAUGUCAGUAUCCUGUUUGCCGAUAUUGUCGGAUUUACCCGGAUGAGUUCGAACAAAACGGCACAUUGUGUGGUGACCAUGUUGAAUAAUUUAUUUAAUCGAUUUGACGAACUAUGCGAAACGACAAAAUGUGAAAAGAUUGGCACUUUGGGUGAUUGUUAUUAUUGUGUUUCCGGAUGUCCUGUGCCACGACAAAAUCAUGCAAUUUGUUGUAUCGAAAUGGGUCUGGGAAUGUGUCGGGUGAUUAAAGUGUUUAAUUGUGAUUUUCACGAAUCUGUCGGGAUGCGUAUCGGGGUGCAUACAGGUCGAGUGAAUGCGGCCAUUAUUGGUUCGCAACGAUUUCGUUUCGAUGUCUACUCGUACGAUGUGAUUAUCGCAUCCGCGUUGGAAAGUACCGGUCGUGCCGGUCGUGUUCACAUCUCCGAGACAACAUUUGAACAAGUGAAAACUAUCUACAAUUUCUCUAUCGGUGAACCGUUAGCCGUGAAAAAAGAAGAAGUAUGCGGUAUCGCUGGUAUGGCUUUAGUGACUACUUAUAUCAAUACGUACUAUGUAGAUCCGCGUUCUUCCCAGUUCCGACGAAAACACGAACGAUUUGGUACAGCCCAACUGGGAUUACGCUCAUUCAUUGAUCAACGAUCCACCAUGCGCGUUUCGUCAUUUCGAUCGUCCCAUCGAAUCGCACCGAUCGAGAACUUUUUUCAUCACCCCGAAUCGGAGGAGAUCGCGGAACCGGACUAUGUGGCCGCGGCGCGCGGAUCCUGGAUACGUGCGGAUCAACCGGAGACCAGCGAUCCGCAACAAGUUAUGCGACAAUUUGAUCGGGAUAUUUCAUUGGUACACAAUUUACAAAACGAUCCAGCUCAACAGUAUCGACUGUUCAGUCACCUGCCAGUCUAUCCGGUGUUGUUGUCGUUCUUUGAUCGGGAAACCGAGUGGCACUAUCAUUCACAGUUGCUCGACUCAUCUCGUCGCACGUAUUUGGAUUCGCAAAAAGUGGCCCCCAUUUGUGAUGUGAUUGUGUGUUUCGUGAUCACCUUAUGCGUUCUGAUCAAUUGUAUCAAUUUACAACGAGACUAUCAAGUACUACCCAUCACAUUCUAUGUGAUUAGCCUAGUCACCCUGAUUGUCUGUUCGAUUGCCAGUUCAUGUCUGCUAUUCAUAUCGAGCACUUACGAAGACAAUCUGGAUUCGGUCAAACUUCGUCAAACAUAUCGGAUUUUAAUUCGUCCGCUUGUACGGGAAUUGUGCGUUGCCAGUAUUACCCUAACACCUACGGUGAUUUUGUCCCUGUUCAGUGGUCUGUGCGGAUCGACCGCGAUCCUGGUCGGCAAGCGUCGUCUAUUGUCCGCAUUGUGUUUUCACAGUCUCCUAAUUCACACGGUCCCCUUAUCCUCAGCCUCGUGGGCACGGAAUUUGUGCGUGUUGUGCACAUUUUGCCUCAUCACACACGCGUCCAAAUGUAUGGACAAAUUGGAGUCGGACGAGGAAAAGUGUCUCAGUCUGACAUUCUUUAUCAACGGGAUAGCCUAUGGGAAAUUCUGUCUUGUAUUCAAUGUGGAACUGUGGCUAUGCACUGCCUUAGUCAUAUUUGUCAGUCGUGAGAAUGAACGAAAUUGUCGACUGUGUUUUUACGUGUCCCGUGAGGCUGAGAUCGCGGUGGACGAAGCGGAACAGGCGAUGAACGAGGCCCGCGAUCUGUUAUACAACAUUAUUCCCAAAUAUGUGCAUGAUCAUUUGAAAGUGUACGGAGCUGAACGGGGAUUCAGUUACGCUGUGGCCAUACCUCAUGCGGGGGUCGCAUUUGCGACAAUUUCGAAUUUUUUCUCUAAAUACUAUCGUGAAGAUUAUAAGGGGGGUGAAAAUGCGCUCAAAUUGUUAAAUAGUAUUGUGUGCAUGUUUGAUGAACUACUAGACCGACCGGAUAUGAAAGAUGUGGAAAAAGUGAAAACAAUCAAUGAUUGUUAUAUGGUCGCGGCCGGACUCAAUCGGGAAGAGGUAAGACGGAAUCGAUCCAAUCAGAUACAUCUGUGUGCUCUGAUGAACUAUUGUCAUCUGAUGAUUGAUUCGUUGGAUGAGUUCAAUAAUAUGUACAUUAUUGGAACCGAUCAGUUCGAGAUCAAAAUUGGUUACAAUGUGGGACCAUUGAUUGCCGGGGUGAUUGGGACCACCAAACCGAUGUACGAUAUUUGGGGGAACACGGUGAAUGUGGCCAGUCGGAUGUAUUCGACCGGACUGGUCGGACAGAUACAAGUCCCGCAGGCUGUGGCCGAGGAAUUGGCCGAACAUUUUCGGUUUGAGUAUCGGGAUGAGAUUUUUGUGAAGGGUAAAGGAAAUAUGCGAACAUAUUUGUGCUAUAGAAAAUCUGGGUAG